AAGUGAGUCGACCACCAUCCCACUCGCUAUGCACUGACAUCCAACUGUCCACGGGCAGCUGCGUGAUGGCCGGGAGCUUCUGGAAAGGACGUUUCUUAGCCUUAUUUGACUACAAAACGGAAAAAUUUAUUGUCGCAAAAAAUAAGAAGGUUGGGAUUUUGUACAGACUUAUUCAGUUAUCUAUCAUCGGAUACAUUAUAGGGUGGGUUUUUGUAAACAAGAAAGGCUACCAGGAGACAGAUGAGGCCAUCCAGAGCUCUAUCAUAACCAAAGUGAAAGGAGUCGCAGUGACGAACACCACCGAGUCUGGUCUGAUGCUGUGGGGUCCAGAGGACUAUGUAAUCCCACCACAGGGUGAGGCAGUUCUGUUUGUUAUAACCGGGUUCUUAGAGACACCGAACCAGAAGCUGGGGUACUGCCCAGAGAGCUCCAAAGUUCUGGGUGGUCACUGCAGAGACGAUGACGACUGUACAGAAGGAGAGACAGUAGUGGCUGGUAACGGAAUCAUGAGUGGCCGAUGCUUAAGAAAAGAUGAAAACUCCACUGGAAGCUGUGAAAUCUACGCCUGGUGUCCCAUUGAGAAACAAUUCAAACCAAAAGGGCCUUUGCUAAAAAACGCAGAAAACUUCACCAUCUACAUCAAGAAUUUUAUCCAAUUUCCAAAAUUCUUGUUUUCAAAGUCCAACGUUCUCGAAACAACCGAUGACUCCUAUUUGAAGAAAUGCAGAUAUGAUGAGAAGCUUCACCCCUACUGCCCCAUCUUCCGCCUGGGAGAGAUCACCAAGCGAGCUGGAUACGACUUCCAGGACAUGUCCACGUUUGGUGGCUCCAUUGGCAUAUCGAUCCAGUGGAACUGUGACCUCGACAAAGGUUACUCUAAGUGCCAUCCAGAGUAUCACUUCACUCGCCUGGACAUCAGUCUCUCCAACAAGACCAUCGCACAGGGGUUUAACUUCAGACACACUCGGUAUUUUAAAAAUGCUGCUGGAGAAGACUACCGAUCUUUAUAUAAAGUCUACGGUGUUCGAUUUAACAUCAUGGUGCACGGGAAGGCUGGAAAGUUCAGCAUUGUCCCAACAGCCAUCAAUGUUGCCUCAGGACUGGCGCUGAUGGGAGCUGGAGCCUUCUUCUGUGACAUGGUGCUGCUCCACCUGAUGAAGAAGAGCGACUCUUACAGGCAGAGGAAGUUUGAAGCAUUGAAUGUUAAGCAAGAGGCUGAAGACAGCAGUGUGGAAGACAAGAAGGCUGUCGAGUACUGAGUGCCACGUUUCCUCCAACAAUGCUUCUUCAUGAUUUCUCUGAUUUUGCUGUCAGUUUACCAGCAAAACUUGUAUUUAUUUAUUCUUACAUAG